AUGCACAUGUUGCAUAGCCACCAGCUUGCUAUCGUAUCCUAUCCACCGUGUGGUGCCUGGUACUGUGGCUGUCAAGUCAGACGAUGCACAUACAUGUUGCUGGGGCCUUUUUCCUGUUGGAUGGAUGAUACAAUCAAUCCCAAACUAGCUAGUAACAAAGACUCGCAAAAGAACCGUAGCACAUCAGAGUGGCUUAGAAUACCGCUUCAGCAACUUUUUACGGCGGUACAGGCUGGAGUCAUUAUUGUCUACUGGUACAAGAUACCAGUGUCAAAGCGACCAACGAACCAUCGAUCGGUGGACUGUGCAUCUCACAAUUCGCCGUUUUCUUGGUAUUGUGGAGUUCUCCUUACGAAUACUCGAAUCCAGUCAUGA